CCCCCGCAACGCCAGUAUUGCCCACCGAUUGCGAUGGCCUAUCCGGCUUUGCGGUAUGUGAAAUUCCCCAGUGGGGGACGGAACGUAGUGUCAGUGGUCUUCUAGCAACCUCUUCUUCUGCUGCAUGCCUGCUUACAUGUGUGAAUGACGUCUUGUACGGGGAAAAAAGAGUGCGUGGGAAUGACAUUGACGUAGUCACUGCAUCGCAUCUUCAGAUUCAGUACUCUUCUGACUUCGUGGACUUUAGUUCAUGCCUAUUUUAUUACUUUUGAGUGAUAUUUGAAAUGGAACCUACGCCUUUCUUGUGAAUGUCCCGCAAACAGAAAAGGAAAGUUACUUUCUACUUGAAAUUAGGUUAAGUCAAAGCCGUAUUUAUAUAUUUCUGUGAGUAGCGUGCUGUUUGACAGCACACAUCCCCGAGCGGUAACGUACACGUGAAGCGUAGCGGACGUAGUAGGCGUGUUGGAACAAGGUACCGUAGCAUGGUGCAUAAUUUUUAACGUUUCCAUUUUAGUCUAGAACAUUGACGUGAAACUCAGAUUUAAAAUGGGUUCGUGGCCUGAAAACGUCGGAAUUCGUGCAAUCGAGCUUAUAUUUCCUUCUCAGUAUGUUGAUCAAACCGAAUUGGAGAAGUAUGAUGGAGUAUCUGAAGGAAAAUACACAAUUGGACUUGGUCAAGCAAAAAUGGGCUUUUGUGGUGAUAGGGAAGACAUAAAUUCUCUCUGCCUUACUGUGGUCAGCAAGCUUAUGGAAAGAAAUAAUAUAGAUUAUGGUUCCAUUGGGCACUUAGAAGUAGGUACAGAAACACUCUUGGAUAAAUCCAAAAGUGUGAAGAGUGUUUUGAUGCAAUUAUUUGAAAAAAGUGGCAAUACUGACAUUGAAGGUGUGGACACUAUAAAUGCGUGUUAUGGAGGAACAGCUGCCUUAUUUAAUGCUGUUUCAUGGGUUGAAUCAAGUGCAUGGGAUGGUCGUUUCGCCCUAGUCGUUGCUGGUGACAUUGCAGUUUAUGCCAAAGGUAGUGCCAGACCCACAGGAGGGGCAGGUGCUAUUGCUAUGUUAAUUGGGCCAGAUGCACCUCUAGUUAUGGAAAGAGGUGUUAGAGCAAGCUACAUGAGACAUGCAUAUGAUUUUUACAAGCCAGAUUUAUCAUCUCAAUAUCCAACAGUUGAUGGAAAACUUUCUAUUCAGUGUUAUCUUAGUGCCUUAGAUCAUUGCUAUCAAUUGUAUUGUUCUAAAGCUGCAAAAAUGCUGCCUUUAGAAAAUGGGGUGAAAAGAUUUCAGUUAAAUUAUUUUGAUGCAGUAUUGUUUCAUUCCCCGUAUUGUAAAUUGGUGCAGAAAUCUUUGGCUCGAUUAAUGCUGAAUGACUUUAUUUUGACCGAUAAGAAAGAGAUCCCAACCAAAUACCCUGGCUUUGAAAAGUUCAGUGAUGUGAAACUUGAAGAAACAUACUUUGAUAGAGAUGUCGAGAAAGCUUUUAUGGAUCUUAGUAAGAAAGUAUUUGAAGAAAAGACCAAACCUUCAUUAUUACUAGCGAAUCAAGUGGGAAAUAUGUAUACACCAUCUCUUUAUGGUGGUUUAGUUUCAUUAUUAAUCAGCAAAAAUUCUGACAUGUUGACUGGGAAACGAGUAGGGCUUUUUUCAUAUGGAUCUGGACUAGCAUCUUCCAUGUACUCAAUUCGUGUGACAAGUGAUGUCUCAGCCUUUGAAAAUUUAACAAAGAAUUUGUCACAUAUCAAACCUCUAUUGGAAAAGAGAAGGUGUAUUUCACCAGAGGAAUUCACAAAAAUGAUGGAAUUGCGAGAACAAACGCAUCAUAAAGCUCCGUAUGCUCCUGAGGGACCAAUUGAUGGUCUUUUCCCUGGGACGUGGUAUCUACAUGAAAUAGAUGAUAUGCAUAGGCGUACAUACAAGAGAGUCGCUUUAUGAAAUGCUUUAUAGCAUUGAUGUUUUUGGCAGCUUCAGUUUAUGAAGUAAAUUUUUCAGCUGAUUUGUAUAAUUUCUAUAGGUAGUUUAUAAAGUAUAUAUUAUAUAUUUACAUGACAUUGUUACAAUCAAUUUUUAAAACAAUUUUAUGCAUAUGUUACCCAAAAAUAAAUGUUAACAAAUACCUUUUUAUUUAACAUUUUAAUAACUCCUUAUACCAUGUUUUAUUAAAACCUGAAAACUUCCUCAUCCGAUGGCCAAGCCUUGUCCCUUCAACCGGCUUCCAAUUCUCUGU